UCAUCUCAGGAGGCGGAGCUCCGCGUCCCGAAUUUCUCCCGCAGCUGUUGCGCCGACAUGGCGACUCCCGGCCCUGUGACUCCGGAGGUACCCUUUGAACCCUCACAGCCCCCGGUCAUUGAAGGCUUUAGCCCCAGUGUCUACGGGAAUCCAGAAAGCUUCAAGGAGAAGUUCCUUCGCAAGACCCGCGAGAACCCAAUGGUACCUAUAGGUUGCCUGGGCACGGCGGCCGCCCUCACCUACGGCCUCUACUGCUUCCACCGGGGCCACAGCCAGCGCUCGCAGCUCAUGAUGCGCACCAGGAUCGCCGCCCAGGGCUUCACGGUCGCGGCCAUCUUGCUGGGUCUCGCUGCCUCCGCUCUGAAGUCUCGACCCUGAGCCCACGACCGGGCCUUGAAAGCUCGGCAGAGAUAAUUCCAAGACCCAGGAGCCACCUCCAGCCCUUCCAUGGGACUCAUUCCCUCCUCUCCUCUGAGAGGCCCGGAGUGGUUGGGGAGGAUGUGGCCGAUUGCAGAACCCUGACAGAUUUUUUUUUUCCCCAGAAGUCCCAGCUUCUGUUCAGUUUGGGUGUUGCAUACCUGUAUUUGUGUCACACCUCCUCCAUUCCCUACUUAAUAAACUCUAAUCCACUUGUA